UUAGGUCGAUGAAUAUAAAACGAGGGCAUCUAAAAUGUUACAAGAUUGUCACGACUUGUUAACAUCGACAGAAUGGAAAGACAUAAUUAUAACAAACGACGACGAUGAAAUGUCCUGCAUGCAGUUUCCACCAGAAUGGAAAAUAGACGGAAAGGUCUUGAAGAUCACGGGUAUCAUCGACGCACCUGCUAGCUUAGUGAUAAAUUUAUUGUUUGAUAAUAUUGAGGAACAAACUUCGUGGAAUAAGCUUGUGACAGAAUCAAUGAAAUUACAGACUAUUGACGAAAACACGGAUAUUGUUUACCAAGCAACAAGCCCUUUUGGCGGCGGGCUCAUUACGGCGCGAGAUUUCGUUAUUUUAAGGCAUCGUAAGAAAUGCGACAAUUAUUAUAUCACUGCUGGUGUAUCGGUUCAUACCGCGUCAGUUAAAAUUCGCCCAAACAUGACAAGGGGUGAAAAUGGUAUAAGCUGUUUCGCAACAGAGGAGUUACCUGACGAAGUUAACAAAUGUCGUUUCACCUGGAUCCUGAAUACAGAUUUCAAAGGUUGGAUACCAAAAACUGUUGUGGAUAGAUCUUUGUCAACUGGUCUAAUAGAUUUCAUGACAUAUUUAAGGGAACAUUUGAAUAAUAUGCAAAAACAGUCAAUCUAGUACAGUGUUGCUUAUAAAGCUGACAAACUGUAUUAUUUACUUUCCUUUUCUUUACUAUGUUAGGUCUAUGUAUUUUUUUUUAUUUAAUAUGUCUUGACAUACAUAUAUAUAUA